CUUAAAUUGGAUUUGAAGAGACCGAACAAUGUCAUCCAAGGGUGAACAUCAGGCGAUCCCAUUAUCGGUGUUGCUGAAGCGCGAAUUGGCCAAUGAAAAGAUCGAGAGGCCGGAGAUAUUUCAUGGCCAGGCUAACCAAAGCAAGAAGGGGGAGGAUUUUACUUUCCUGAAGACCGAAUGCCAACGGGUGCUAGGAGAUGGGGUUACUACAUAUUCUGUUUUUGGGUUGUUUGAUGGACACAAUGGAUCUGCAGCUGCAAUAUACUCUAAGGAGAAUCUCCUAAACAAUGUUUUGAGUGCUGUCCCACCAGAACUCAAUCAAGAUGAAUGGGUUGCGGCACUGCCGAGGGCUUUGGUUGCAGGAUUUGUAAAAACAGAUAAAGAUUUCCAAGAUAAGGCACAAACUUCAGGAACAACAGUCACUUUUGUAAUAAUAGAAGGAUGGGUUGUGACUGUGGCUUCAGUUGGUGACUCCCGUUGCAUACUUGAAUCUGCAGAAGGGGGUAUAUUUCAUCUGUCAGCAGAUCAUAGACUUGAAUGCAAUGAAGAAGAGAGGGAACGCAUUACGACAAGUGGUGGUGAGGUUGGUCGGCUUAAGACUGGUGGUGGUACAGCGAUUGGUCCAUUGAGAUGUUGGCCUGGUGGCUUGUGCCUGUCUCGAUCUAUUGGAGAUAUGGAUGUUGGCGAGUUCAUAGUUCCUGUUCCUUAUGUAAAGCAAGUGAAGCUAUCCUCAGCUGGUGGCAGGAUUGUUAUCUCAAGUGAUGGCGUUUGGGAUGCUUUAACUCCGGAAAUGGCUCUUGAAUGUUGUCGUGGGAUGCCACCUGAUUCUGCCGCUUCGCAAAUAGUUAAAGAAGCUGUGCAAGUCAAAGGACUACGAGAUGAUACAACCUGCAUUGUGAUUGAUUUACAACCUCCAGAGAAGACAACUCCUCCUUUGCCACCACCAAAGAAACUGGGUAAAGGGGUGUUCAAGUCCAUGUUCCGCAAAAAGAGUCCUGAGCCAUCUUGUCAAAUAGAUAAUGAAUACUCUGAGCCAGACGUGGUGGAGGAAUUAUUUGAGGAAGGAUCUGCUUGGCUUUCAGAAAGGUUUGUAUUGUGCAAGUGGUUGUUUUAA